AUUUAAUAAAAGGUAUAUGUAUCAUUCUAUUGAUUUGUUUACGUUUAUUGAUUAGUUUUAUAUCAUAUAUACAUAUGAAAUCGAAUGAUUCUUAUAUGAAAUCAAUAAAUUCUAUGAUGAAAGAAAGUCAAUAUUUAUUAAGUCAUUGUCAUGAUAAUAAUAAUAAUAAACAAUCGAAUCAAAUCAAUAAUAAUCAGAAUUUAGAAGAGAAUUUCAUAUGGAAACAAAAAUAUUGGUUACUUAUUCGUAUCCUAUUAUGUUUUAGUUGUUUUUGUUUAUUCAUUAUUAUUUGUAUUCUAUUCAACUUUUUCUUUCAUCCAUCUAUAUAUACUACUUAUUUAUUAUGGAAUCAAUUCAGUAAUCAUCAACAACAACAACAACAACAACAAUCAUUAUUAUUAUAUCAUUUACCGAAUCAUUCUUAUUUGAAUAAUGUAGAAAUCUUUUUAAAAGAUCUAUCAUCGAAUCAUUCUCAACAAUCAAAAUGGUAUCAUUUAAUUAGUUUAAAACAAAUUAUCCAUUUAAAAUCAAUUAAUGCCAAUGAAUCAGUAACAUUAACAUUCUAUUUAAAUGGUCGAAAGAAAUUUAUUGAAUAUAAACAAACUAUUUAUUAUCAGAAUUAUACAAAAGAACAUUCUAGUUCAUGUUGGCAAAUAUUAAAUCACGAUUUAUAUAAAGAAUUUAUAUGUCCACCAUUAUCUAUAAUUCAUACGAUUAAAUUAAUUCAUCGUAUUAAAAUUGAUUUUAUUUAUAAUGUACCAUCAAAAAGACAACCAUUUGGAAUGGUAUUAUAUAAUGUAACAAGAGUGAUAAGUAAUAGGUAUAAAUUUCGGGAACAUGAAUUGACGUUCAAAUAUUUCCAAAACACCAUAGUUCAUUUUUCUUCUAAAAAAACGACAGAAAUACAAGGUAACCAUGAUCAUGAUGAAUGGUCAAGUGGCCCGUUUAGAUCAAACAAUCUUGAAGUUGAUGAUCAUCAGUACACGAAAUAUCGAAGUUCAGACCUUGUACCUGUUAAAGAAUUAUGGAAAACAGGUAUUGCAAAGUGCCAAAGUACGGCACCUAUAGGACCACAGAAAAUGUAAAACAAUUUUGUGUCACUUGUUUAUUUGGUUAAUAAACUUAUUCGUUAACUAA